AUGGCUCCUGCUCGACAGCAACCGGCGCCACCGCCGUUCAGCAAAGAUGAGAAAGUGCUCUGUUUCCACAUGGACAUGCUCUACGAGGCCAAGAUUAUGGAUGUUCAGCUAGGUGAGAAGCCCAGUGACGGAUACAAGUACAAAGUCCAUUACAAGGGGUGGAAGAACACCUGGGACGACUGGGUGCUGGUAGACCGUAUCCGGCCAUUCGACGAUGAGCACAAAGAGCUGGCUGCACAGUUGCACGCGCAGUUGAAGCAUAACAUCCAACGAAGCACCAAGCAGCCGAAAAAGGGCCUUAGAAGUGGUGCUGAGUCUGCUAGAGUCAGCGAGGAGCGAUCAGGCUCUGCCACUGUUCAAGGAGGCAGGGGAGGAAGACGAGGCAAAGACUGGGAAUUGGAACAGAUUGCCCCACCCAAUGCUUUGUUUGUUCUUUUUGCGAGUGUUCUCCGGCUAUUCUGGGCUGUGAUAUGCAAAAUUUGGCCUAGUUGGCCAUUUGUUCCCGUACUUCCUAGUCUUCUUCCUCCCAUCAUAACAUUUCCCUUACUUAAGCACUUGCCCCCUGUCACCCCCAGCCCUUCAUCAACGGCAAGGCACUGCGGCGUCAUGGAAUCGACGAGCGGCCUUUCUACUCCGCAAGGCUUUUUUCCUGCCUCCGAUGCUCAAGGCUCUCCUGCUUUGGCUCAGCCUGACAAGUCGAUGGAUUCCCUUACCUCUAAGAAGGUCAAGUUGACCAAGCUCAAAGAAAUCAAGGACCAUCUUACUUUUCUCCCCUCUAGUGGCCAUCGCUAUGUAACAGAGUCGGGUAAACUGAUCCAUGAUGAUCGCUACGCUAUGCCCCUGACCGUCGAAGACGAGCCAAAGCAGCCACGUCAGAAGCCUCAGAAGCCUAGUGCCAAGCCCAAGCCGCGCUCAUGCGACCAGCUCGAGACGGAGGAUGCUUUCCACAACAAACCUAUGAUCAAGCUCCCAGUACCCGACCACAUUCAAGCGAUGCUGGUCGAUGAUUGGGAAAACAUCACCAAGAACAACCAGCUUGUCCCUCUUCCUCACAAUAAGCCAGUCACCAAGAUAUUUGAAGACUAUCUUGCGCAUGAGCGUCCACACCGCGAAGAGGGAUCUUCCAGCAUGGACAUCUUGGAAGAAGUCGUCGCAGGCUUCCGCGAGUACUUCGAGAAGGCUCUUAGCAGAAUCUUGCUGUACCGUUUCGAGCGCCAUCAGCACAUGGAGCUAAAGAAGCUCUGGGAGAACACUGAAGCGAACCCAGAAAUCACCAAUGUCUGCGAUGUCUAUGGCGCUGAGCAUCUUGCUCGACUAAUUGUAUCUCUCCCCGAACUGUUGGCGCAGACCAACAUGGACCAGCAGUCCGUGUCCCGUCUUCGAGAGGAGAUAGGAAAGUUCAACGUUUGGCUAGGACGUAACUGCGAGACAUAUUUUGUCAAUGAGUACGAGACUCCCAGCCAAGAGUAUAUUGACAAAGCUCGUAGCUUCUGA